AUGGUAAUGACACUGACAUCAUCCCCACUAAGUUCUGUGUUUUGCUUUGCGUCAGAGCCUGGUCGUCCACAACCACACAUUUUUUUUGCUGAUAUUGAUGGACUGGUUGUAACUUGUGGUUCCUUUGUUGCUUGGAGAGCAACUAUUCUUACAGUUGGACUGGCAUACACUGUUGAUGCUGCAGAAGAAAUACCAGGGAAAACAGCUGUGAUAACAGUGGAAUCUCCUGCACCUCAGCUUGUGGAAGCUUCUUUGUCAUCAGAUAUUCAACAGCUGAGGGUGACCUUUGACCAGAACAUUGAAGGACCAGAAAGCUGCUCAGAUAUUUUGACUCCACAGAAUCUAAAUGAAAUUGGGAAUGAUGCAAGGUGCAACUUCAUAGCAAAUAAUUUGAUAAUAAGUUUGGGUGAAGAAGCAAAACUGGAAGAAAUACUGGAACUGCAGUUAAUGGAAGAUGCAGUUCGCUCUGCAAAGGCAGACCCACCCCAUCUUGCACAGACUGCUAAGGGAAAAAUCACAGUCCAGCCAGAAAAGGCACUGGUCCCAAAAUACAGGAUGUCUGCCCCACCAGUGGUCCAUGCAAACUCAUCAGCUGAGAUACGGCUGUCAUCAGCAGCUGGUCAGAGGCUUUCUUAUCAAUGGUCAGUUGACUUUGACAAGGAAGCUGCAAGCAGAAGGUUUAAAACUCAGAGUCAGAGGCUACAGCUUUGGGAGAGUGUACGUGCUGUUCAACGCACAUUAAACAAGGCGUCCCGUAGAAGAACGAGCAGGAGUGCUAGUAGUGCAAGUUUAUCAGUCCCCUUAAAUGUUUCAGCUAUGGUCCAGGAUGUGGACUAUAUUGUGAAAGUAACUGGGAAAAAUGCAGCUGGUGUGAAGGGUCCUGAAAUAACUCACACAUUACGAAUGACCAGUGGCUCUGGAAGUAAGUUGAGCCAAGAAGUUACAUCAUCACUGUAUCUCUCAGCACCUUUGAUGUCUUAUGCUGAUACAGAACUUCUAGUUGAAGCUGAAGUGGCUCCAGAUGCUGAAUCUGUUCCACAGUAUCAUUGGCUGGUGCAAGACAUGAAUGGUAACUCUGUGGAUGUACCUCCUGCUGAUGGUCCCAUACUAAGAGUUCCACCAGCCACUCUCCGUGGUGGCUACACUUACAAUGUCACCUGCACUACUGUCAUCAACAUGGAAACAUUAAAAAUUGAGAUUACUCAUCGAGGUCUCAAAGCAGUUAUUACAGAAACAGAAAUUGUGAUUGGAACAGGGCAUGAACUACAAUUGGAUGCAUCUUUAUCAUAUGAUCCAGAUAACAACCCUGGCAAAAUUGAGGUUAUUUGGUGUUGUUUGUCUUUGAGAGAUGGCAGUUCUUGUCUUUUGGCUGGCCAUCAUGAUCGUUUUAUAGAGAAGGAGUAUGCAGCAGCUAUGUCUCAACCUGUUCUUCAGCUGCCAAAAGGAACUCUGGCUGUUGGAGAGUACAAAAUGACAGCAAAUGUAUACAAAGUGGGUCAAGAAGGCUUUGACAGUGCAGAAGUCACUGUGUUGGUUGUGCCUGGCCACCCUCCAGAAGUUAGGAUACUGUCACAGAGUACACAUCAUGCAGUAAAUCCUCUUGAUGUGGUUACCAUCUCAGGCAUUGUAAAGGGAGCAGAGCAAGGAUGUCUUGUGUGGUGGGAAGCUAUAUCAUCACCUGGUUUCCAGCCAUUUGAUUUAUCAGCAGAGCUUAAGUUGGGGGACAUCCUUACUCUGGAACCAGAAGAUACCACCAGUACAGAAAGGGAGAUACAGCUUGGUAUUCCUGGGCCUGUGGGAACAUGGCCAGGCCUGAAAGGAGACGCCAAAUACUGUCUCCGACUGUCUGCUUCAUGUGGGAAUUCCUCAAGCCAUGCAGACACUGUCAUUGUCACAAAUUCUCCACCAAAUAUCCAACCAUUACAGGUAAAACCCAUGCAAGGAGAAGCAUUCCGUACAAAAUUUUUGUUGCAAACAUCUGAGGCAGAGGAUGUAGACCAGCCAUUGAGUUACAGUUUUGGAUACAUUUCCAAAGGAUCCCCCUCUUUGCCUACGACCUCAAAUGAGAAGUUUGAAGCCUAUCUUCUUUUACCUCCUGGUUCAGAUAUUCAGCCCCUAGUAAGAGUAUGUGACUCCUAUCAACUAUGUGCAGAGAGAAUAGGAGAUGCUGUGCAUUCUGAACCACCUGAUUCUCUAUCUUUGACAGAAGUCCUGGAAGUAAGUGGGUUGUUUCUCUCAUUACUUCAGUCUGGGCAGUUUGAGGCUGCUCUGGCAGUAGUUGAGCCCAUGCUGUCUCUCCUAAAGCAGCAGUCUCCCACAGAUGAAGGCAAGGGACUAAACCAAGGAACAGCAGAAGUGUCAGCAGCAGUAAAGAAGGAAUUAAACAUACGCAAGUCCAACAUGGACAACAGUCAUGAAUCAAUUCAGGCAAACCUGGACUUCCUGGAUGUAAGUGUGCAAAUUGUGCAGCUUCUACCACGUCAUGGUGAACAGCAAAGUCUGCUAAAAGAUGUCCUUGAGUUCAGAGACAUGAUAGAUUCAAUGGACACAUCUGGGGCCAAGGAGAAACUGCGCAGAAAAAGAGAAGCAAAACAUGACAGUCAACCAUUGAACAAUGAACUUAGAAAGUACAUGACAUUUAUGCAACUAACAUCAUACAGCAUCAGAUCCUUGGAAGAUGAAAAUGAGGCACUGAAGAACAUGGACCAACUCUUGAUCUACAUUCACAAGUCUAUCCAUGCCAUGUGCUCUGACUUAAAGACUGGUAGCAAUCUUCAGAUUAACAUGGAACUUCUGAAUGUGAGCGCACAGCUAGUGGUUGCAGGAGAUUUAUCUACAACAAGCUUCACUGUUCCUUUAGGGGCACCACCUCAAAUACUAGCAAAAUUGCAAUUUAGUGGUGGUAUCACAGUAGGCAGUGACAAAGACAGCUUGUGUCUAGGUUCUGCCAGUUUCCAAGAUGAUUACCUAACAUCUCUUGCUCAAAAGAAAAGGGUUCCUCAGUACCUCUCACCACUCUCAAACAGAAUCAGCAAUGUAUAUGAGUUCACCAUCUUGAAUUCAAAGGGAACAGUGCUGCAAAAUGAACAGAUUAAGGAGCCAUUAAUCUUACUCCUUCCUGUAACAAAAGUGGCUAUGCAAGGAAAAUUUUUACAUUGUGGUUUGUGGCGUAAUAAUGGAUGGGAUCUAAAUACAUGUCAGUCAGAUGGGGUCCCUCGCAACCAAGUAUUGGAGUGUCACUGUACAACUCUUGGCAAUUACAGUGUUUUUAUUGCUGAUGUUCCUCCAAAAACAACUACUCGUAUCACUGAAAGUGCUGCUAUGACUGUCAGACCAGUGGAACAUCUAACAACUAGUCACACAGAAUCUAGUACUGGACGUAUGUCUACAGUAGUUUCAACAAGUUCAUCUUCACCAACUGCCACUACUGUCACAUCAACUAUUAAAAUGACUGAGUCAGUGUCAGAUACUACAGUACUGUCAACAGGCAGAAACACAGUGUCUUCAGCUAAUACAAGAACUCCAUUAGAAGCAGGCACAACUGCAACUGCAACCAUGUCAAGUUCUCCAGCUGUCAAAAGAACCUCUGGAAGUGAUGUGACAGAGUCUUCAACAUCACUGUAUCAAGUUGGGACGGAAUCAGCAGAAGUAUCUACACCUGAGAUAACUUCUCAUUUGACCACAAGACUUCCAGGAAAAGUUAUCUCAAACAAUACAAUAUAUAAUGUCAUAUUUAGAAUAGAAGAAGAUUUUGGAAAAAUUGUUAGCAAAAAUGAAAAACAAUUUGAAAAUCAUUUGAAGAUACAGAUCCUAGAUCAAGUGCAUGAAAUGCCCAGUAAUAUGAUAUAUGGCAUAUAUUUAACUAAUGGUAGUAUUGUGGCAACACUGAGGCUAGUUGACACAGAUGUACAGAAAGUGAGUGUAGUUUUGCCAACACUGGUUGAAAUGCUGAGAACUGGUGGACUAAAAAUUAAUGGAACCAAUGGUGCUCCCUUAAGUAUACCACCUCAGAACAUCACAAUCAUCCAGCAGACAAUGGAACCACCUGAGGAACAAUAUGCAGUUGUGUAUGCUGUUAGUGGGACAGUGGUUGUAACCUCAGCAGCUGUUGUCACCGCCAUAGCAACUGCCAUAUUUGUGAGAAGACGCACAGAAAAGAAGCACAUGCAGAUGGUACAGGAAAAUAACAGAAGCUCAGCACCAACAUACCGUAAGUUUGAAUUUGAGCAAACCCUGGAAGGAACAGCAGAAUCCUUGGCACGUUACAGGACUACUGCACCUGUUUUUGGAUCUUCUGGUACUGGUCUGGGAACAGUUAUUUCCGGAGUGAAAUACCUGGAACCAGCAUAUCUUUUAGAACAACUGAAUGGAAGCACCUUUGACAAUGGUAAAAAAAUUGUGAAACUGAAACAAAAGUCAAAUGAUUCACAGCAGCUUGUUGAAAAAGAAGUGAAAGUAGUGAUGAGGAAUGGUUCUGUAGACCAUCUUCCUGGGACUCCGACCGAUGACUGAUAUAGGCAAUGUGAGGAGACUCGAAACAGUGACAAAAAUAUAUACAUGCAUUCUACAGUGUAUGCAAGAUUUCGCAGUUGUGACUAGCAAGACAGUGGCAUCAUCAUUAUUUAUCUCUUGAAAGUGAUAUGUGUCUUUCACUAAAGGAUUUCAUAUUACACACAGAGAUCUAUAAUGGAUAUUAAAUGUGUAAUUCUCAGUUCAGAGACAGUCUCAUGAGAACACCAAUCCUGGAUUUUCCAUUGUUAAAUUAAAACAUUUAUGUGAGAAUGUAUUGUAGAAAACUGUUCAUCAUAACUGUUUUCCAGUUACUGGCACUGGUUAAAAGUGUGAUGAAUAAAAUCAAAUUCAUGUGAAUAAACAUUAUACAGUACUUA